CUAUGUGUAGCUUAGCCAUUAGCUAUCGUACAGUGUACGCAUGCGAACACAACAGCGGUAAAUUGUAGGUAGUUGGUGGCGCUUGUUAAAAUUAAAGAUUCUCGAUAGAGUUUACUGCAUUAGUUUUAUGCUAUACAGACUUUUAAUUAGGGCUGGCUGGAUAAUGUUUACAAAUUCUCUUCGUGUGUGUAGCUCAAUGCUGAUCAUUGACAUUUAUUUACCCUGUUAAAUAUCGAGGUGAAUAUAAUUUAAUAGAAAUUGUGAGCACAAGUAAAGGCUGAACUUGCACCAAGCUACUUUAGUCCUGUUACGUGACCCUACGACGUAAGAGUACGCUGGAUGCUCAUACCUUUUCACAGGACAGUGCUUGUGGCUCCAUCCGACACCUUGUCUCAUCUAAUGUGAACCUUUGCAGCCCCUCAGUCUAGUUUGCACUGAAACCAUGUCCAGCCUGCCAAGAGCAACCCCCUCUUUACGUUUCGGUCAGGUGGUCAUUGGACCCCCAGGCUCAGGUAAAACCACUUAUUGUCGAGGAAUGCAAGAGUUCCUGACUGAACUGGGACGUAAGGUGGUUGUGGUGAACAUGGACCCUGCUAAUGAAGGACUGCCAUAUUCCUGUGCGGUAGACAUCUCAGAGCUGGUCACUCUGGGCGAUGUUAUGGAUGGCUUGAAGCUUGGGCCCAACGGUGGGCUCCUCUAUUGUAUGGAGUAUGUUGAAGCAAAUCUGGACUGGUUAGAGAACAAGCUGAAACAGCACAGUGACUGUUACUUCCUGUUUGACUGUCCUGGACAAGUGGAGCUCUACACCCAUCAGAGUUCAGUAAAGAACAUAUUCUCACAACUGGCUAAGUGGAAUUUCAGGCUGACUGCAGUGCACCUUGUGGACUCUCAUUACUGCGCUGACCCAGCCAAGUUCAUUUCUGUGCUGUGUACCUCCCUGUCGACCAUGCUGCACGUGGAGCUUCCUCAUGUCAACGUCCUCUCCAAAAUGGACUUGAUUGAGCAGUAUGGCAAACUGGCCUUCAACCUUGACUUCUACACAGAGGUUAUGGAUCUGACCUAUCUCCUUGAUCACCUGGCUGCAGACCCCUUCUUUAAAAAAUUCCACCAUCUAAAUGAAAAGUUGGCAGAGGUCAUACAAGACUACAGCCUUGUUUCCUUUGUCCCUCUCAAUGUAGAGGACAAAGAGAGCAUGAUUCAGGUCUUACGAGCAGUGGACAAGGCCAAUGGUUACUGCUUUGGAGAUCUGGAGGAGAGGAAUCUGCAGGCCAUGAUGUCAGCUGCUGUGGGGGCAGACUUCCAGUUCAGCUCUACUCUUGGAGUGCAAGAGAAGUAUGUCGAAAGCAGUGGAAAGACUGUGGAGGAAGAAAUGAUGGAGCUGUAAACUGAAAAGCUCAAAUAAAGGGACAAAACCAGUUGUUUUCUAGCACCAGUACACCAAGGGAGUCUUUGCAACAUCCAUCUCACUUGGCCUGAAUUCUGAGCCUCUCUACAAAUGCAGUGGCGAGACGGGAGCUAAAUUUGGGUGCUGUAGAUGCUUCAAGGUUGCACCCCACCUCAUAAAAUUCACCAGGGGCUGACUGAAGGAACUAAAUGCUGAGCUGCUCUUUAGUUAUUAGCAAGCGAGGUGUGAUUUAUUCUUCUGUUGCUGUCUUAAUAGACAACAUUAAAGGAAAAUUUCAAUAAAUGUCAAUAUUCUGUUAAAAUGUGCUGAAAGUAAAUGCCUCUUUUUUCCUUUCUGUUUUGAGUAUGUUAAAUGUUUGAGCCCCUGAUACUUUUGAGGACUCGGGUAACUCUCCACAGUAAGCAUCCAGAGAUGCAACUCUGUAUAGACGUAUUCAUUCAAACAAUAAACAUUGAAUUGACUUGUAACUAUAGAUGGUGUUUUGCCCUCUCUACAGGAAUGAAUUAAC